CAGCCAGUUCUACCGGCUAGGAUUGGGCAGAACGUGCGGACAACCCACAGGGUGGGUGAGGCUCCGGUGUCUGCAACACCCACGGGCAGUUUCUCCUGAUUGAGUCACUGAGGGAAAGGGCCACCCUAAGGUCCCCACUGGAGAUCCAGGUCAGACCGUAAGGAGGUCCAGGCACUUCUUGUAAUAAGUAUCUCAGCAGUCUCCAGACCUCGAGGACCCUUCCAUGGAUUGUAAGGAGCCCAGACCAGUUCCACCUGUACUGCCUCCCUGCCUCCCCUCCAAGGUCCCACAGGCCCUCCUUGCCAGUGUAGGCUUCUUGCUAAAGCGGGCACACCCAGGGUCAGGAGACAGGGCUGUGGUCUUGCUAACUUAAAGUCCUGGAGUCCCAGACUGGUUCUCAGUGCCUGCAGGUACAGCUACAGCCAAAGCUUUGAUUCCAGAGACAAGAACCUCUUUGGACAAAGGGCCAGGCAACGAUGGCUUCCUGUCCAUCCUUUAGUGAACUUUAUCCUCCUAAUGAAAGCUCUGAAUCGGGUGAGAUGCACAAAGAAAGUCAACUAUAUCCCAGAACCUACAAGAUCCGUGACUCCCAGCAUAUGGUGUGGGUCCUGACAGGAAAUUCCUUAAUAGCAGUGCCUGCUAGCAACAAUGUCAAGCCUGUCAUCCUUAGCUUGAUAGCAUGUAGAGACACAGAAUUCCAAGACAAUGAAAAAGGUAAUCUAGUUUUCCUGGGAAUCGAGAGCAAAAGCCUGUGCCUCUUCUGUGCUGAAAUCGGGGGCACACCAACUUUGCAGCUUAAGGAUGUGGACAUCAUGGACAUUUACAAUGAGAAUAAAGCACAGAAAGCCUUUCUCUUCUACCACAGCACAGAGGGCUCCACUUCUACCUUUCAGUCAGUCGCCUAUCCUGGCUGGUUCAUAGCCACCCCUUCCACAGCAAGACAGGCAAUCAUUCUCACACAGCAGAGGGGUGAAGUUAAUAACACUAACUUCUACUUAGAGUCUGAGAAUUAGAAUCCAGCAUGGGACAUAUGUGGCUGAGUCCAGGACAAAGACUCAAAUGGUUGGAGAAUCUUUUACUUGAAAACACAGCAAGGCAUCUUAAAAGAUCACCAUGUCACCUCUUCUCCAGACAUCCAUUUCUGAAAUGCCACUCAUCUGAACAUCAUUCCAGUGUGAAGCCUUCAUAUCACUUUCAUCCUUUCCUGAUCUUGCCUCACCAUCCGUUCAGCUACCACGUACAGUCAAGUCACCGUCUUCUUACAUGCAACUCUCCCUCCCUGUGCUCACAGCAGCUCAUGGUGCAGAGAUGUGGAUUCCAAGCAGUCAAUGCAAGAGUCUUCCUUCUUAACUUUAUGUAUGUUUGUUGUAAAUAUGACAAAUACCUAAAAGGUAAAUAUCAAGAAUGAGGCAAUAAAUGUAAAAGAAUAUUUUCUGUGUCUUGAUGAUCACAAUAGAUUCAGAACAUCAUCAGCUAAUAAUUUGACACACAAUGUACACUUUUAUUAUGGUGACUGUU